CCGAGUUUUAGAAGUUGAUCUUGGAGAAAUUUGUGGCGUAGAGUUUCAUUCAACUUGGAAAGUUCCGCUUGACAGCAGAGAAGACUCGAGACGAUGGCGCGUACGAAGCAGACAGCUCGUAAAUCGACUGGUGGUAAAGCUCCCCGAAAACAGCUUGCCACUAAGGCAGCUCGUAAAUCAGCACCGUCGACUGGUGGUGUGAAAAAACCCCAUCGUUACCGUCCCGGUACAGUUGCACUUCGUGAAAUCCGUCGUUACCAAAAGUCCACUGAGCUGCUUAUUCGCAAAUUGCCGUUCCAGCGUUUAGUUCGUGAAAUCGCACAAGACUUUAAAACCGAUCUGCGAUUUCAGUCUGCUGCAAUUGGUGCGCUUCAGGAAGCAAGUGAAGCUUAUUUGGUGGGACUUUUCGAAGACACAAACUUGUGUGCAAUCCAUGCUAAGCGUGUUACCAUCAUGCCGAAGGAUAUUCAGCUUGCACGUCGAAUCCGUGGGGAACGAGCUUAAAUGCUCAUGUCGAGCUGAAUAAUUGUACACUCCAUCUAUGACCCAUGUCCCCAUCCACUAAAUCAGAUUUUUUGGUUUAAAUUUCUUGUAACUAUUUUUUCCUGCUGCGUGAGCAUUUGUGAGUGGGAGAACUACUAUUUAGGAAGGCUGUCAAUUUUUGCUAAGUACUCCAAUAAGGUGCGGAAAUUCUCAAGUUUUGCACCUCUGUGUAAUUAUUCAAUGCAGUUCAGAAUUUAAUCGUUUGAGAAAUAUUGGUCGUCUCUAGCAACAUUUAAGUCGGGAAAUCGAAUGCAAGGUAGUUGAUCAUAUAAGGCAUAAUUUGUUUGUUUAGAUUUGACUUUGUUUUCUCCUGUGUUUCUGCAAUUUUAUUGACGUGCUCGACACAGUAUCGAAAACUCCCUUUAUUUGACGGCCCAAGCCGUCAUUUUUAUGUAUAUACGGAAUCUUAGACUACAGGAUGUAUGUCUCUCGCUUUCCUGCUUGAGAAGGAAAUCGGUGUUGCAGUACUGUCGCCGGAAAUUGGCAAGAUGUUGAUCCCAUGAUAACUUCAUUUCUUAAUUUUCUCGGACAUAUCAACUCAGUGCACUACUUAUUGGAUGUAGUGUAUUCUGUAAGGUUAUAGUUUGCACUAUAGUUCCUGCAUUUUCUUGUAAUUGACCUCAGUUACCAAAACCAUUGUCAUGCUGCCAGUUUUUCAUGUUGGCGUGUUUUAAUUAGUGAUGGAGGAACAAUAUUCUUCUAUGCAUAGUGAAUAAUUUGUAACUGUUUUAAUACGAAUUUUUUAAAAUAAGAUUGACUCAGUGCUUAGACUGUAACCUAAUAUAUAUGAGAGAUGCUCGACUGUACUCUAUAAAUUAAAAACAGAGGUACUUGAUUUAGAACCGUUGAUUCAUUCCAG